GUCCCAUCUUAAAGAAAUCUUAAUUCUCUCUCGGAAUCGGAGAAAGGUUUAGUUUUUUUUUUUCCUCCGAACGUCGGUCGUUUGACGGGAGAAUUUGGCGCGUGAAAUCGUUCGCUCCGGUCGAAUACUUUCUGUCUCUCCGACGGCCUCGAUUCGUCGGGUUUUCUGAAGAAGCCUAAAAGAUGAAAUCUACAAGUGAUAGUAAGGACGGUAGACUCUCAGCAGCCUCUAGAGCUGCAGUGAACAAAAUUCUAGACAGACGAACUUCUCGAGGCAAGAAGAAGCAAGAUGACAACUUUGAUUCCUCAAAGCGGGAUAAAAGUGUAAAUGACAAGGGGAAGCAAGCCGUUAAGGCAACUUUAACUGAUAACGUUCUAAAGGGCAGGGAAUGUGUUACUAUUGUACUCUCGGAUGAUGAUGAAAUGAAUGAUUCAGACUGGGAAGACUGUCCAAUUCCUAGUCUUGAUAACACGGUUGAUGCUAAUGUUGAUGACACGGUUGAUGCUAGUGUUGAUGACACGGUUGAUGCUAGUGUUGAUGACACUAGAGAGUUAACCAUAGAAUUUGAUAAUGAUGUUCCUGAUGCUAAGAAGCAGAAGGGUGCAUACCGUGCAACAGCAAAAGACAAGGAACGGGCGGAACUUGUACAUAAGGUUCACUUGCUCUGUCUGCUCGCAAGAGGGAGGAUAGUUGAUAAUGCUUGUAAUGAUCCCUUGAUUCAGGCUGCCUUGCUUUCACUUCUGCCAUCAUACUUAUCAAAAGUAGCGAAUAUCGAGAAAGUAACUGUCAGGGAUGUAGCCCCUCUUCUUCGUUGGGUUCGUGAAAACUUUUCCGUUAGGUGUACUCCCUGUUCUGAGAAAACUUUUCGUACUUCCCUAGCAUUUGCUCUUGAAUCUCGUAAAGGCACAGCUGAAGAGCUUGCAGCACUGUCUGUUGCUUUGUUUAGAGCAUUAAAGCUCACAACUCGGUUUGUGUCUAUUCUUGAUGUUGCAUCCUUAAAACCAGGGGCCGAUAAGGACGAAUCAACAGGUCAAAACCGAGGUAAAAUGAAGCAUGGGGUAUUCAGGACCUCAACGCUUAUGGUACCAAAACAGCAGGCCAUCUCGUCAUACCCAAAUAAAUCUUCUUCCCAUGUUGAGCAUAAAAGUGUCUGUGAAACGUCUGAGCCUCAGCAUAGGAACUCCCUGCGAUCUGAUCAGUUGCAACACAAUACAGUCAAUUCAUCUUGCGAAGCAGGAACGUCUAGUAAAUCUGGUGGAACAAAGAGGAAAGGAGAUGUAGAGUACGAGAUGCAAAUAGCCAUGGCUUUGAGUGCAACUGCAGACAACCAACAACGCUCUAAAGUGAACGAGAAAAUGAAAAUUCGUAAAAUAACAAAAAUAAUUGAUGGCCCGUCAGUUUCUGACCAACUAAUAUCCACGGCUAUCGGUUCUAAGAAAGUAGAUUCUCCCCUUUGUUGGGCUGAGGUGUUCUGCAAUGGGGAAAACAUGGAUGGGAAAUGGGUCCAUGUGGAUGCUGUUAAUGGAGUGAUAGAUGCAGCGCAAAACGUUGAAGCUACAACUACCGCUUGCAAAACCUCUCUUAGAUAUGUUGUCGCUUUUGCUGGUGGUGGAGCCAAAGAUGUUACUCGCAGGUACUGUACAAAAUGGCACACUAUUUCAUCCAAAAGGGUGUGUUCAGUGUGGUGGGAUAUGGUAUUAGCACCGUUAAUACAUCUAGAGUCAGCCGCAACUCACAAUGAAGACACUGCUCUGAGAAAUUUCAAUAGUCUAUAUCCUGUUGCUAACAGAGUUUCCUUAAGUAGCUCUUCCUAUGGUAUAAGGAGUGCUCUUGAAGAUAUGGAGUUGGCUACGCGGUCGUUGACUGAGCCGCUUCCUACUAACCAACAGGCCUAUAAAACCCAUGAACUCUAUGCUAUUGAGAAAUGGCUUCACAAGAACCAGAUAUUUCACCCAAAAGGUCCAGUUCUGGGGUUUUGCAAUGGUCAUUCAGUAUAUCCUCGAACCUGUGUGCAGACUCUCAAAUCAAAAGAAAGGUGGUUUCGUGAUGGGCUACAACUUAAGGCGAAUGAAGUUCCCUCAAAGAUUCUGAAGCGGAACUCGAAGUUCAAGAAAGUAAAAGAUUUUGGAGAUGGCAACGGUGAAAUUAGAGGUGGUUCUUAUUGCAUGGAACUAUAUGGGAAGUGGCAAAUGGAACCAUUGUGUCUCCCACGCGCUGUUAACGGAAUUGUGCCCAAGAACGAGCGCGGUCAAGUUGAUGUCUGGUCUGAGAAAUGUCUCCCACCUGGAACAGUCCACCUAAAGCUUCCUAGAAUAUUUUCGGUUGCUAAGAGAUUUGGUAUAGAUUAUGCACCUGCCAUGGUUGGUUUCGAGUACAGAAGUGGAGGUGCUACUCCUAUUUUUCAAGGUAUUGUGGUCUGUACCGAGUUCAAAGACACAAUCCUCGAGGCAUAUGCAGAAGAACAAGAAAAGAGAGAAGAAGAGGAGAGAAGAAGAAAUGAAGCACAAGCAGCUUCAAGAUGGUAUCAGCUUCUUUCGUCUAUCUUAACCCGUGAAAGAUUGAAAAACCGUUACGCUAAUAACUCUAACAGUGUCGAAACGAAGAGUUUGGAAGUGAAUUCAGUGCCUAUCAUUAAGGCCAAGAACGUGAAAUCACCUGAAAAGCAGAGUGUGGCUAAGACUGGAGGAGGAGGAAGGUCACGAGUAAGAAAGAAUCGUAAUGAAGACGAAAGCCAUGAGCAUGUGUUUCUUGAGGACCAAGAAACCUUUGAUGAGGAAACCUCUGUGAAAACAAAACGCUGCAAAUGCGGCUUUUCUGUCGAAGUUGAACAAAUGUAGAUGUUACGUCGUUACUAUUUAGAUUUUGAUGAUUUCUGUUCAAUUAUUUAUUUUUCUUUAACCAAUAUCCGAGAAAUUAACCCUGA